CCUCGCACCCAGAGCUGGGCAUCAGUACGUGCAUUGCGCUCAACAGCAGCAGAUCGUUCCACUUCGCGUGUGCCAGUUAGCGCGAGUGUGUGUAUAGAUAUAUAUAUGUGUGUGUGUGCGCGAGCGAAAACUAAAAAGCGUACAAAUAUUUGCACAGAAAAGAGACAGAGACAGAGACAGCGUCAGGGACCGCUGUGCGAGAGAGUAAAAGAUUCUUGCUGUCUGCUGCACUUACGCUUCUAAUUCCCCGGCGUAUCCACACGCGUGCUGCAACGGCUACGACGCGGAUUUGAGUCGCUGUGCAAGAAUCGAGCACAACUCCAAUCACCAUCGACGACCGUCUUGUACAUACACAAAACCUAUACAUAUAUACCAUCUCGAUAAGUUUUUUGUUGCAUUUCUGCGGGGUCCAUCAUGCAUACGCCGGCGAGCAAAGUGUCGGGCUACGUUGUCCUGAUGAUUGUGCAAAUAGUUUUCCUGGUACUAUUCUGGCUUUUCGUGCGUUACGACAAGUCCGCUCUGCCGGCACGCCUCGACAAUGAAGACGCUGGAUCAGCAGAGGAACACGUUUCGAAAUAUCCCCAAUUCCAGGACAUUCAGGUUAUGAUAUUUAUUGGCUUUGGCUUCCUGAUGACCUUUCUGCGCAAGUAUGGCUAUAGUGCCACGGGCUAUACACUCUUCAUGGCCGCCUUGGUGGUGCAAUGGUCGGUGCUGAUGAAGGGCUUCCUGCACAUGGAGGGUGGCAAGAUCAGCCUCUCGCUGGAGAGCAUCAUAGAUGCGGACAUUGCCGCCGCCGUGCCACUAAUCAGCAUGGGCGCACUGCUCGGACGCACCACGCCCAUUCAGCUGCUUUGCAUGUCCAUCGUUGAGGUUGCGCUGUUCGCGGCCAAUGAGUAUUUGGCUUUAAAUAUACUGAGUAUCUGCGAUUGUGGUGGCUCUAUAACUGUGCACGCCUUUGGCGCCUACUUUGGCCUGGCUGUGGCCAUGAUGCUGCGCCCAUCGAGCGACCAGAACGAGGCGGGCAAGCACGAGGGAGCGAACUAUACAUCGGAUAUAUUCGCAAUGAUCGGCACCACUUUCCUCUGGGUGUACUGGCCGAGCUUUAACUCAGUGCUGGCAGCUGGCACUGGCGGCGAGCGGGCCAUAUUGAACACGUUCCUCUCAUUAGCCGCGGCAACAGUGACCAGCUUCGUUGUAUCGGCGCUUGUCAGCCAUGAGAAUAAAUUGGAUAUGGUGCACGUGCAGAAUUCGACGCUCGCUGGAGGCGUUGCCGUUGGCACCGUUUGCAAUCUGCUUCUCGGAGCGCAUGGUGCUGUCUUAAUUGGCAUUAUCGCCGGCACGAUUUCGGUGCUAGGCUAUCGCUAUUUAACCCCCUGGCUGACAAACAAUCUGCGUUUGCACGACACCUGCGGCGUACACAAUCUGCACGGCAUGCCAGCGCUCAUCUCGGCCAUUGCGUCGGCUAUCUAUGCCUCGUUGGUCACUGUGGAUAGCUAUCAAUCGGAGCUGCAGGAUAUAUUCCCCGCUAUGGUGGACAACAAUGGCACAACAACCAAAAUUAUGGGCGGACUCGGCCGCAAUGCCAGCUCACAGGCAGGCUAUCAACUGUUUGGCAUUGCCUUAACUCUGAUUAUAGCCACUGGUGGUGGCAUUUUGACAGGUGCUGCCUUGAAGUAUGCCAGUUUUCGCAAUCUGAAAAAGGACGAACAGCAUCAGGACGAACAGUAUUGGGAGGUGCCCGCUUUGGAGUCGAAGGAGGAGUAAAAUUUGCUGCCUUUGCCAUUUGAUCCAAGUUUCGAAUCUGCUUUAAUAUUU